AUGGUCCUCUACCAAGAUCCCGAGACAGGAGUUGCCUGGGAUGCUCGAGACCUUCCCCCGGAUAUAGCGCCUCAACCAGAUCCAAAAUACGAAGAGUACCGGCGAAUUAGAUUGAACCAAGACAAGCAUAUGAAUGACGAAGACCAGCUCCAAACAGUCCUCCCUGAUUACAAUGGUGCCUCCGACACUCACGUUGAGAUCGGGCUGGAGGAGUCGCUUCUGGUUCAUGAAUCAGGUCUUCCAGUCACGACGUGUGCGAACGCGAUCGACCGGCCAGGCAUGUGGGCCCGGAUGAACGAGCAAAGGGCCCAGGUACGAGUUGAUCCCGAGGAGCCGUUCAUGAACCAGCUGGCUUCUCUUUGCGUCAGAGCCCAGAUUCGACAUUGCAGCCAUCAGAAAUGCGUCAAGGAGCGGGACUCGAUGAAGAGAUAUGCACCCAGAUGUGAAUGGCGUCGGUUUCGAGAAUGGGCAUUGGCACUUGUUGCUUGCCAAUUAUCCUUCGGCCCUGAGCAGAAGCUCACCCUCGCAUAUACCCACCUCAAGGCAGUCGCUCCAGUCGGGUACUCUUUGCUCGAUCUUUUCCGUUGGAGGAAAAACGAGGUGACGGGGACCUUUAUUGAAAAUGAGAAUAAGAAGCGCACCGUAGACGUAUUCGGCGUUUGUGAGGUUAUAUACUGGAUGCUGACCAUCCAGACGUCGCUGGGUUACAACGCCGGUUUAGAGACGCGAUGGCUACCCGACUUUCUGCCAACAAACGUUGCGGGUCCAGCCGUAAAGAAAGCCGUCCAAAAGGCCCACAAGCUAGGAAUUUGUCCGUACCGUCUUUGGAAUCUUGCUAUCGUGAGCGAGCGAAAAUAUGUCGACUUCCCGGGGCUCAUGGAGACCGCUACAAAACACCCUUCUCUGAAGCACGAGGAUCACCAAAAGUGUACCACAGGCCUAUGCUACCAAACAACCAUAGACAGCACCCGCGCUAAGCAAUGUCAUAAAUGUGGUAAACCUCCUACCUGCGAUGGCAAACGAGUGUUAUUUGAUCCAGAGCGUCUGAACGAAUCUAUAAGGAAUGGUGGACGCACUGUCUGGUCGGUUAAUGAGCCUUUCCAUGUAUCCCAAGACCAGCCCUACGUGGCUAUAUCGCACGUCUGGGCGGAUGGCACAGGAAUUGGUCUGGGAAAAGUCGGGGAGGUCAAUUGCUGUCUAUUCAACUACUUUGCUGGGAUCACCCGGACCCUUGGCUGCGACGCAUUGUGGUGGGAUACCAUUUCUAUUCCCACAGAAAAAGAAGCAAGGAAAAAGGCCAUCAACGAGAUGCACAAAAACUACUCCAGUGCUCGCUGUACUGUCGUUCAUGACCAGUACCUGACAAAUUUCUUGUGGUCCGACGAUGGCAGCCCUUGUCUGGCCAUUGUAUUGUCAUCGUGGCUUACCCGUGGAUGGACAGCGCUUGAACUGAUCAUGUCACCGAGUGUUAAGGUAAUAUUCAAGGGCACCAGCGGACCGGUGAUUAAAGACCUUGAUUCUGAUAUUCUGGCGAAUGACCCGAGUCGGUGCAGCCGUGCUCAUUGGAUCGCGUCCACCAUUAUCCGUCGAUUGCGGAGACCGAUCGAGAAUAUUACUGAUCUCAUUACGGUUCUCAAGCCCAGAAGCACGUCCUGGCCACGGGAUAAGAUGGUCAUUGCGGGACUUCUUUCUCGACUCGAUGACUGCGACUACAGCUUACAGUCUGACGAAAUCACAAAGGCUAUCAUGCUUCGGGUCUCCAAGAUCCAUCCCUCAAGUGUUCUCCAUGGCCAGCCGACUAUGAGAGAUUCUGGCGCUUGGUCAUGGUGUCCUUCCUCGCUAUACGACAUACCCGUCGAGAGCAUGGGAGAUACAUUCAUGGAAGGCGGCCUCGGGGACCUGACUUGUUUGAUUGAGGCCGAGGGCAUCCUAGCAGGUGCGUGGCAUUUUCGAUUUUUGCGUCGGGAAGACAGUCUUCCUGGCCGCCUGAUUGCAAGCUCAGCGCAUCCAUCAGUGAUCUGGAAAGUUGCGAACGCUCUCCGGCAUUGGCGCCACUGUUUGCUUCUUAGGGAGCAGAUCAUUCCCGGCGGUCCCUCUCUUCUUGUUACCACGGUGAGUAGAGAGGGACGGUUUAUACACUGCCGAUACGUAGGGGCUGUCCUUGACGUGAAUCCACCGCCCAUAGAAGACUUGAUGAAUGGAUAUGAUUAUUUCAAAAUGGGACACGCCGAGAACAAACCAAGUAUCAAAGCUCGGAAGCUCAUACCGCCAAAUCCGCACCCUUCUACAGAGGAUGAGAAAUACUAUCAGUGGCUGGAUGCAAAGCUUUGGAUAGGAAAUGAGCAUCCCACCGGAAAGCUCCUUGUCACACAGUUCCAUCCAGAAGACGGCGGUGCAGAAGGAUGCUAUCUCCUGAUAAAAGACCGGCCCAUUUCUGUGAAGCCAUACAGCCGGGAUGCUAGCCGAGCUGUCGUAUAUGGUGGCCCAGAAGUUACUCGCUCCAAAGAAGCUGCUUUUCAGGUCUCGCCAAACUCGAGCUAUGAUGCCGCGGUGACUCGAGCAAGGAUGACAUUGGCAUGGCCCCCACCGACGAUUCCAGCUGGGAACAGAAUCGGAAUCCAGUGGAUAACCGGCAAUCCCCUCCCUGGGAGUAACUGUAGCGGCGAUUUUUUGCGUUUGGAGACGAGCACCAAGUUGAAUUCCUUUGCCGCAAUUGAACCACAGUUAUACACCCCCGGCAAGGAAAGGCCCUACCGCGGAAUCUGGGCAGGCGUCUUCCCCUUUCGUACCGGCUUGUAUCCUGAUCACCGAUGGGAGUUCCUCCUUUUCCAUCAGCCAAAGGAGAAACGCCUGGAAGUGAUUAAGCUCACUGGCGACGAGAGUUCCCCACGAGGCUCGUACGCGGUGAUCGUAGACGACCUCAACAAAGUGACGAGAAUCUGCACCGAAGAGGAGUGGCCUGGAGCACCUGCCGUGCCUGCCAUGGGGUAUGCGAUGGAACGCAACAAUCUCUAUCGUAAGCUGUUCCCUCUUCAUCCGGCCUUGUAG